AUGUCAGCAAACAGAAGAAGUGCAGUUGAACGCUUGGAAGAAACUAAGGCUCAUUACGUGAAAACCGAAAGAGUGCUGGACUGCAAGCAAAAUUUUGAAUACAGCUCAAAUCUGCACGUCAGUACUGGCCCUCAAAUCGAUGUUCUUCUUAAAGGAAGAGUCAAAAGCUUAUACAAUUGCCAAAAUAUUAUUAAAUAUGUGCACAGCAUUAAUCUCACUGACAAUAAUGCGCCAUCCUUUGCGAAUGAAUAUGUGCCUAAAACAUGUGGUUCGUUUGAGUCAAGAAAGUCACCUGAGUUAAGAGAACAUUGUUCAUUGCAAAGAAAAAAUCAACAACUCCAGCAUAGUUAUCAUGACUAUUCUGAAUCUACAUCUGUCACACCAGACAGCAAUUUAAUGCCCCCAAGCAGAGGUAGACGAAAUUUACCACAGCAACCCCUCCCGCAUACAACAUAUGUGAAUGUUAAUAGUUGCGUUCAAGUAUCUUUAAAUUCUGGUCAUUUUGACGGUGAGAAAGAUGGCGCUUACACGAACACUGAGAAGCUGGAGGUCAAAUUUGAUCAUUCAGAUAAUGAAGAGAAUUCUUUAGAACCUUCAGAUGAAUCAUUCACAGUCGACGAAGAUAUCACUGAAGUUGACUGUAAGAAACAAAGCUCAAGAACCUCUGAUUACGUCAGCAGAAGUUCAUCUUUCAAGUGUUCUGUUUCUUCGGAUCGAGUCAAGAAUCUUGUGAAAAGCUUCGAGUCAAAAAUUGCUCAUGUGAGUCCUUCGACAUCAGUGAAUUCUAAUUCAGCUGAAAAGACGAAAUCGGUAACUCGUUCAAAGUCCGACGUUAGUUGUCGCUUUUCAAAGAAUAUCACCGUCGCUGCAGAACCCGAAAGUACAACAGAUGCAGAACUGGAGAGAUUUUUUGAUACUAUGGGCCUGGAUAUUAAACUGUUUCAGACUCUGACUGCUCCUCCCAAAAGUCCUGUUCACUUCUUCGAUAGCGUCAGUUCAGAGAAUAGCGAAACAAACCUAUCAAGUACCGGUAGCGACGAUUCGGCACUUGAAGCUCCGAAAGAAGGUUUAACGAACAGUGAUCUCCGUAAGCAUGCUCCAACAGAAACAUCAAUCGUCGAGAAAAAUGCGAGAGUCGUGAAAUGGCUUUACAACUGUCAUAACGCUUUCAAAAAGAAUGCAUCCUGAAAAAUAAAAUAAAUGGUUUCAAAAACAAGAAUCCUGCUCUCUUGCAGAAGAUAACAGCAAUGAAUCCAAUUCAAUUUGCUGCUUUGCAUGUUUGUCUUGAUGUUUAGGAUAUUACUUCACUAACCGAUACAGAGAGCUUUGCUUGGUAUUAUAGCCUAGUUCUAAAUCAGAAGCUUCAAGUUAUUAAAAUCAUCUAAGUUGAUAUGUUGCAACUUAACGAAAGAUUUAUUGCAGAUUGUCAAACGCAGCUAAUUUUUAUAUGAAAUGAAUCAUAUAUAUAAAAAAAAAGUGCUUGAACUGGAAGGAAAAUAUUAAUGACAGAAAAUUUUAAAGAAUCAUAGUUCAAAAUAAAAUGGUAUUUAACAGAUUUAUUUAAACGUAAAUAAGUCUGAAAAAAAAACCUGCGUGAAAAUUAUGUUUAUUACAGUGAUGGCAUGUUAAUUUGGAAAAAAGCAAUCCAUUUUGUUGUUUGGUUCUUUAUUGUUUUAUAAACUUGUAUACUUAAUUUCUACUAUUUAUUUGUCGACUUCAGUUUAUAAAUAAUACAUUGUCAUUAUCACGCACUACGCUCAAUAUCUCACUUGUUAAAUGAAGCAUGGAAGUUUAUUUUCAUAAACAAUAGAUAAAAGGGUUCAAAUCGAAAAACAUUUAAUGUUUUUCUACAAUAUUGUUAGAAACCACAAUAAGAUUAUUUUU